AUGUGCCCCCCGGACAAAAGCGUCCUGCUGUUCUUCUCUCUUCUGCUGGUCCACGGCGUCCAAGGUUUGGAAGCAUGGGCGGAAGAAUGUGUCGACAUGAGCAACACCACGUGGCGACAGUACCGCCAGCUGAGACAGCAGAGGACGCAGCCUCAGGUUCGCUACCUGCUUAUGACCCGAGAGCGCCCGGGGUGCGCUCUCGUCUUCCAGAAGGCGGCGGGGACCACCUUCAACGCCACGCGGCCCACUAAGGUCAUUGUACACGGCUACAGGGCAUUGGGCAGCAAGCCCGGCUGGGUUUUAGAUCUGGCCCAAGCGUUGCUGAAAGCGGAGGACGCCAACGUGUUGAUGGCCGAUUGGGUUUACCGCGCCUCAUUCGCAUACAACCUGGUGGUGGACGGCUACAAGGAAGUGGCAUUGCACAUAUCCAGCCUCAUCAGCCGCCUGCAGAAAGAGGGGUGUAAGCUGGAGUCAUUCCACUUCAUCGGCGUUAGUUUAGGGGCACAUGUGGCCGGAUUUGUGGGAACGCUUUUCGAGGGAAGGAUUGGAAGAAUCACAGCUUUGGACCCUGCUGGUCCCAUGUUUAAGGGUGCAGACACCUUUGAUCGUCUGGACCCUUCCGACGCACAGUUUGUCGAUGCCAUUCACACCGACUCGGACUACUUUGGCAUCUCCAUCCCGGUUGGCCACGUGGACUUCUUCCUAAACGGAGGAAACGACCAGACGGGAUGCGCGCGUUCCCGAUUCUCCUCUGUGUAUGGCUACGUGAUUUGCGACCACAUGAGGGCGCUGCAUGUUUAUAUGAGUGCUUUGAACUCAUCAUGCCGCCUGAGCGGUGUGCCGUGUGACAGCUACCAAAACUUCCUGCAGGGACGCUGCCGUCACUGUGACGCUUUUAAUGGAAAAUGUCCGACCAUUGGUUUGUCAGAAAAGUGCGGCAUCACUUCUUCCACGCUACCGACAGAGCAAAAGUUGUUUCUCCUGACAACUUCGCAGCCACCUUUCUGUGCUCAUCACAUCAUGCUGGUGUUGGAAACGUCGGCCCUCACUAAAAGUGCCGAAGUGGAAGUGACGCUGACCACAGGAGAUCAGGAGACACAACGCAGACUGCGGCUCCGUACAGACACUACGGUGUACACAACGGUGUUGGCUCACCCAGUGGCGCUAUGUGAGAUCCACUCCAUUACCUUGAAAAACACAGGCGCUCGCUUCUACCGCCAGAGCGAAAUCCACGUCAAGUCCGUCUGUCUGUCCCAGAUCGCUUCGCCCAUGCGCGAGGCGCCAGUCUGCAUAAACAACUUCAACGUCCGGAGAGGAUCUCUCUGGUCACAUGACUUAGUGCUGGUAUGUGGCCUCUUCUGA